CCCCCCGCCAUCCAUAUACCUCGAGAAGAAGGUACAGCUUUUGUUUAGCUCCCUUAUCUACUUUUUCAAUACUUGACCUUAACUCCUUACCAGGUACUAAUUCUAAUUUUAACACCUCAAUAAUUACCAUAAAUCACUGUUUACCUUUCUAUCUGCUCGGUGAGGUCAACAGCACCUGAGUACAUCAGACUCGACUCUCAUAUUCCCUCUCCUAUUCUAUCAUAGUGGAUUACAUAUCACACCUUUUUUUCUCAACCUGUUAGGGAUCUACUACUUCAUACAGAUAGAUUACUACAAAAAGGAAGACAAAAUGCGAACUAGGAAACAAACUCGCGCAGAAGAAAGCUUUGAAGCUUCGCCUUCUACGCCGACUGUUGUGAGCAUCACUAAGAUCGAGGGCCCGACAACUUCAACAACACGCGACAAAGCUCUGUCCAGCCAGCGAUCCAAGCUCCCGAAGCUGGUCCAGUUCCCCUUGGUCGUAGUCCUAAGCCUAGCUCUAUCGCAACUCGGCUACACGUUGUCAUGGCCUUACACCAAGGGUGCGUUAGUUACGCAUGCAAGACCCUUGACCACCUGGGAAGAUUGGGGAUUAGUCGUGGGAUGGAGAAUAUUUGAACUUGCACUAGGAUGGUUUGGCAAUUACGACGGCUACGAUAUCACCGCGCUCAACCUCUUGUCGAGUGGUCCUCCUCUCUAUCUCCUAUUCGCCUUCUACGAGACGCUACCGAGUGCCCUCUUACUAACCAUCACCAUCGAAACCCUCGCAACCUACAUUCCCUUCCGCCUGCUUCGCCCGCUUUCCCGAGAACAUGCUGACCCAGCCACUGCCCCCAAUGCCGAGAUUGUCACGGACCGUCCCAUUGCACUCCUCACCACGCUACUUGCCGGCGCCAUAUACAGCGUUACUUUGUUCUUUGCGUACACAACAUACCUACCCGCGUACCUAGUCGUGUAUUUCACUAGUCUACCGACAAUUGUUGCGGCGCACGAAGUGACAUAUGUUGGCCUGCUACCUGUGACUUUAGUGCUCGGGUUCGCAGCGCGCGCCUUUAUCUUCACGCCGGCCGGAGCAACCCCCCUCGUUAAAGAAAAGGAGUUCGACCCCAUGAGCGCGAGUUUGUCCGAAACAGUGCGCUGGAACUUCUGGGGUUGGAGUGCUCAGACCAAAGUGGCAAUGCGACGUACAGCUCUCCUGGUACUAGUUACGGGCGCCAAUACUUUCCUCCAGACGCGCUUCACAAUUCAUGGCGUCGAGACAAUUGGUGCCGUGGCAUGGAGCAGCGUCUGGGUGCUUGCUGCGGCGCUUACGGGAUUAAGUCUCUGCGCCGUUGGUAGUGCCUAGAGCAGUACGAGUGAUGGGCAGGCGAGAAAAUGAGGUGUAUGAUGAGCAUAUCAAUGGUGAUAUUGGAGGAUUUGUGAGGGCCGGCAGAAGAAAGUAGUAUGAUACGGAAAGGCUACGCAAGGGAAAGGGCGUCUUAUACAGGAAAUGGUAUUUGCAGUACGCAAGUGGCAGAACUCAACGUCUUGAUAGGGCAACCUACCGAAAUCUAUAUGUUUCGUAAUGUUUAUUUUAUUCCUCUGAGGCAAAACUAAGUGUCCAGCACCCACCAGCAAUAGCCCGGGUGGCGGUGACCAUUACUUGACUGAGUAGAUACUAGGUUCUUACUACCUAGGUGAACCUUUGUCAGUUGAGAUUCGUAGAUCUUCUGCUAAGUACUCACUUUGAUUCCAAAAAUUGAUAGUAAAUAGAAUUGGCCCAUUUAGAACCUACCAGGUACAUGAAGCGGUGUUAUGAAC